AUGCCUCUCGGUGCGGGCACCUCCGAAAGAACACCCCUUAUUUCAUCUCCAUCAAAUGUCGAGGUCCAGGGAGAGCAACAGCAUAGAUCCCUUACAAAACCCGAGGUCGAGCUGUCGAAGCUUCGAGGGAUACUUAUCUGCGUUUCAAUCUGGGUUCUUAUCUUUGGCAUCACGGGAAACGUUUCUUUGAUCACCACCAUUCAAUCUCCUAUCGCCAUUGACCUCGACGCCUUCACCGAAGUAAGCUGGUUCUCGUCGAUAUAUCUGAUUGCCAUUACAAGCAUCACACCUAUCGCUGGUCGACUAUCAACCAUCUUCACAGAAAGGGUCUACUUGCUUGCUUCCAUCAUCAUUCAUGUCUCCGGCUUGUUGAUUACAUCUCAAGCUAGAUCUCUCAGUACAUUCCUUGUGGGCCGAGCGGUGGGCGGCAUUGGAAGUGCUGCCGUCACCCCAGUUGCCUUCAUUCUCGUGACGGAGCUUACAAGUCAACGGAGGAGAGGCCUCCUCUUCGGAUGCAUUAACACUGGGUACACCACCGGUGUUGCAUGCGGUGCCAUCAUUGCAGGCGCGCUGGAACCGCGUAUUGGAUGGAGAGCUGUCUUUUGGGCCCAGAUCCCAUUCACGCUCACCGCGGCCGUCGUUGCAUUCUUUGCUAUUCCUCAGCACAAUGAAACGGUCAAGGCUGCCACACAGCGAGACACAUUGUUCGAGAAGCUCUCACAGAUCGACUACUUUGGCGUCAUCACCCUCAUCGCCUCCGUUGUGCUGUUGUUGUACAGUCUGUCAUCUCCCAAGAUCCAAGUCUUACCGAUCAUUCUUUCUUUGGGAUCCCUGAUGCUCUUUAUCUUUGUCGAAGCCACCUGGGCCUUACAUCCAAUUGUCCCGAUCUCGGUGCUCAAAUCCCGCGGCAACAUGCUGACCAGCUUUGCAACCCUUGGAAUCAUGACAGCCCGCUGGUCAAUUCUUUUCUACGCACCUACAUAUGUGCUCACUCUGAGGGGCUGGCCCCAGGAGAAAGCCGGGCUCACACUGAUCCCGACAAAUCUGGGAUUUGGCCUGGGCGGACUACUGGCGGGAUGGCUUCACAUCCGGCGCUCAGGUUCCUUCUACAUCUCGGCGUUGGUCUGCUUUGCAUUGUUCGUCUUGUCUAUGUUCUCUGUAUCUUGGGUGUCGACACCGACUUCGAAUAUGUGGUUAUAUAUGUGGUUUAUAUUCGCUAAUGGAUUUAUCGCCGGAUGCCUAUUGAAUUACUCACUCGCUCACGUGCUACAUUUGACGCUGCCUUCCACGCAUGUCAUUGUUAUCCCGCUUAACGCCAUGUUUCGAAGCCUCUCUGGCUCUUUCGGUGCCGCUAUUUCUGGUGGGUUUUUCCUCCGAACGCUUCAGCAUGCGUUGAAGCUUGAGUUCAAGGAACAUGGGCUCUCGGGCAAAGGCCCACUCAUCCGACAACUGAUCGGCAACCCGAGGCUCGUGCAGAGCCUGGAAGGAAUUGACAAAGAGGUUGCACUGCUUGGAUACGAGACUGCCUUUCGGACAAUGUUUAUGGCUGGAGCAUGUUUAACGAUUAUUGUGCUCUUGGUGCAGGCGGGUACGGGUUGGGCUGCCCCUGAAGUCGUCAAGGAUGAGGAGGGCAAUCCUGGGACGCGAAGAGCUCUGGGAUCUGGUGGGCAGGAGAUCCUCUCACCUGUCGUGUCACGAGAGUAA